AUGAUCUCCGAAUUUGGGUCUUCAGAGGCAGCGAUUGAGCAGAUGACGAGAUGGUCCACCCUAAAGGGACUCCAGACGUCGAAAGCCUAUGAGUACUUCAGGCCAAAACUUGCGAGGCAACCUUGGAAAGCAGCUAUUUGGAAGGCUUUCAUCCCGCCGAAGUACUCGUUCAUCAUGUGGCUUGGUCUGCGCAACAGAUUGGCUACACGGGACAGACUCGAGUUCCUCCAUGAGGAGGACUUAUGUUCACUUUGCAUCAACACCAAAGAAUCGGCCAAACACCUUUUCUUUGAGUGCCCGUUUAGCACCUACGUUUGGUCACAUAUCCGAGUAUGGCUUGGGAUCAACCGACGUAUGUCCACCUUGCACAGUGCGGUGAAAUGGCUCAAGAAGGAGAAAACCGGAUCCUCCGUUCAUAACAAAGCACGACACCUCGCUUUGUCAUGCACAGUCUACACCCUUUGGCGGCAUCGUAACGAAUUCAUUUUUGAGGGUGCAGUACCCAAUCCCGAGGGCCUUAUUAUGUCUAUAGGGUCCUCUUGUCACUUUUCCCGCACGGUUUAA